GGAGGACGGGAGCACGGGCAGCCGCAGGGACGAGGCCUCGGGGGGCGAGCCGGUGAAUGGGCGUGUGGUGACCCCCGCCCCCCACCCACCCCUCCCUUCCCACCCGACCCCCCCCAGCACCCCAAGCCCAGCUGGGGGAGCCGCCGCCCGAGAGGCCGGAGCGUCGUGUUAGAAGGAGCCGCCGCCGUCAGCACCAUCGCCCGCCGCCAUGGAGCUGAUCACCAUCCUCGAGAAGACCGUGUCUCCCGAUCGGCUGGAACUGGAAGCGGCGCAGAAGUUCCUGGAGCGUGCGGCCGUGGAGAACCUGCCCACUUUCCUUGUGGAACUGUCCAGAGUGCUAGCCAACCCAGGAAACAGUCAGGUGGCCAGAGUCGCAGCUGGGCUACAAAUCAAGAACUCCUUGACAUCCAAAGACCCAGACAUCAAGGCACAGUAUCAGCAGAGGUGGCUUGCGAUUGAUGCCAAUGCCCGACGGGAAGUCAAGAACUAUGUUUUGCAGACUUUGGGCACAGAAACUUAUCGGCCUAGCUCUGCCUCCCAGUGUGUGGCUGGUAUUGCUUGUGCAGAGAUCCCGGUCAACCAGUGGCCAGAACUUAUUCCUCAGCUUGUUGCCAAUGUCACAAACCCCAACAGCACGGAGCACAUGAAAGAAUCCACAUUGGAAGCUAUUGGUUACAUUUGCCAGGAUAUAGACCCAGAGCAGCUGCAGGAUAAAUCCAACGAGAUUCUGACGGCCAUAAUCCAGGGGAUGAGGAAAGAAGAGCCCAGUAAUAAUGUGAAGCUCGCUGCUACCAAUGCACUCCUGAACUCACUGGAGUUCACCAAAGCAAACUUUGACAAAGAGUCCGAAAGGCACUUUAUAAUGCAGGUGGUCUGUGAGGCUACACAGUGUCCAGAUACGAGGGUACGCGUGGCUGCUUUACAGAAUCUGGUUAAGAUAAUGUCAUUGUAUUAUCAGUACAUGGAGACAUAUAUGGGUCCUGCUCUUUUUGCAAUCACAAUUGAAGCAAUGAAAAGUGACAUUGAUGAGGUGGCUCUUCAAGGAAUAGAAUUCUGGUCCAAUGUUUGUGAUGAGGAAAUGGAUUUGGCCAUCGAGGCUUCAGAGGCUGCAGAGCAAGGACGCCCCCCUGAGCAUACCAGCAAAUUUUAUGCCAAGGGAGCACUGCAGUACCUGGUCCCAAUCCUCACGCAGACACUGACUAAGCAGGAUGAAAAUGAUGAUGACGAUGACUGGAACCCCUGCAAAGCAGCAGGGGUGUGCCUCAUGCUCCUCGCGACGUGCUGUGAAGAUGACAUUGUCCCACAUGUUCUCCCCUUCAUCAAAGAACACAUCAAGAACCCAGACUGGCGAUACCGGGACGCAGCAGUGAUGGCUUUUGGUUGUAUUUUAGAAGGACCAGAGCCUAAUCAGCUCAAACCACUGGUUAUACAGGCUAUGCCCACCUUAAUAGAAUUAAUGAAAGACCCCAGUGUAGUGGUUCGAGAUACGACUGCAUGGACUGUGGGCAGAAUCUGUGAGCUGCUCCCUGAAGCUGCCAUCAAUGAUGUUUACCUGGCUCCUCUGCUGCAGUGUCUGAUAGAGGGCCUCAGUGCUGAACCCAGAGUGGCUUCAAAUGUGUGCUGGGCCUUCUCCAGUUUGGCUGAAGCUGCCUAUGAGGCCGCAGAUGUAGCUGAUGACCAAGAGGAACCAGCCACCUAUUGUUUAUCGUCUUCAUUUGAACUCAUUGUUCAAAAACUCCUGGAGACCACAGACAGACCUGAUGGCCACCAGAACAACCUGAGGAGUUCUGCCUAUGAAUCCCUCAUGGAAAUCGUGAAGAACAGUGCCAAGGAUUGCUACCCUGCAGUUCAGAAGACCACUUUGGUCAUCAUGGAACGGCUACAGCAGGUGCUUCAGAUGGAGUCACACAUCCAGAGCACAUCAGACAGAAUCCAGUUCAACGACCUUCAGUCUCUGCUCUGCGCCACACUGCAGAAUGUUCUCCGAAAAGUACAGCAUCAAGAUGCUCUGCAGAUCUCUGACGUGGUCAUGGCCUCCUUGUUGAGGAUGUUCCAAAGCACAGCUGGGUCAGGGGGCGUACAAGAAGAUGCCCUGAUGGCAGUUAGCACACUGGUAGAAGUGUUGGGUGGUGAAUUUCUCAAGUACAUGGAGGCCUUUAAACCGUUCCUGGGCAUUGGAUUGAAAAAUUAUGCUGAAUACCAGGUCUGUUUGGCAGCUGUGGGCUUAGUGGGAGACUUGUGCCGCGCUCUGCAGUCCAACAUCUUGCCCUUCUGCGACGAGGUGAUGCAGCUCCUGCUGGAGAACUUGGGGAAUGAGAAUGUCCACAGAUCGGUGAAGCCGCAGAUUCUGUCAGUGUUUGGUGACAUUGCCCUUGCUCUUGGUGGGGAGUUUAAAAAGUACUUAGAGGUUGUACUGAACACGCUUCAGCAGGCCUCCCAAGCCCAGGUGGACAAGUCAGAUUAUGACAUGGUGGAUUAUCUAAAUGAACUAAGGGAGAGCUGCUUGGAGGCCUAUACCGGAAUCGUCCAAGGAUUGAAGGGAGAUCAGGAGAACGUACACCCUGAUGUAAUGCUGGUCCAGCCCAGGGUAGAGUUUAUUCUGUCUUUCAUUGACCACAUUGCUGGAGAUGAGGAUCAUACGGAUGGAGUAGUAGCCUGUGCUGCUGGACUGAUAGGGGACUUAUGUACAGCGUUUGGGAAGGAUGUACUGAAAUUAGUAGAAGCUAGGCCAAUGAUCCAUGAACUAUUAACUGAAGGACGGAGAUCGAAGACUAACAAAGCAAAAACCCUUGCUACCUGGGCAACAAAAGAACUGAGGAAACUGAAGAACCAAGCUUGAUCUGUUACCAUUGGGAUGAUAACCUGAGACCCCCACUGGAAAUCUCCAAUCUUUUGAAAAACCCGGAAGUGAGGAGUGUGCACGGAUGCUGAAUGUUUGGGAAUGAGAGGAUGAGUGAGUGAGGCUUGAAAAACACACCACAUUGAAAAUCCUGCCACAGCAGCAGCCGCAGCUGUUAGUGAGCUAAGUAAGCACUGACGUCGUAGAAAACCAUAACAUCGGCCAUCUUGGAAAAGAAACGGAUUGACGUGCGUGCAACAACAGAAAACAAGCUGUCUCUUCCCGGGAGAGGCUAGAAGUAGCUUUUCUGUCUGCAGCCAGUACCAAGCGGGUGACUGGUUUGGGAGAGGAGGCGGGGACUGGGUUCAGCUGUGGUGCUGGUUAUAAAAGGCAGCCUCGCCUUUGCUACUGAGGAGAAAGACGGAGCCUGGCCCUCGGGCCCACCUCCGCUGUCCCUUUGCCACGUGGCCCAGUGUGCGUGCCAGCUAGGAGGAGAAGAGUGAGGGCGGGGUUUGUGCAGUCUGAGAAUGAGUGUGUGUGAGUGAGGCGGUAUCCACAUUCUCAACUUUCAAGUCAUUGCAGUUCUUUUUCCCAGAAAACAAGGGGUUAGAUGUUGCAUUGCAUAAAACUAACUGAAAUUCUGUCUACUGAUGCAGCACAAGAGAUGUUUUUAAAAAAAAAAGGAAAGACGCUCUUUAGGUUUUGUUUUGUUUUGUUUUGAUUAUUUUAGGGCAAACACUGACGAAUGGUCAGAGCUCUUAUCCUGGUCUUUUCAUCAAGGCGCCUUUCCUAAUAUGGUUCAACUGUGAAUGUAGAAGCGGGGGGAGGGUGGGGAGAAGGAAAACUCUGGAGUUAGAGGAUAUAGAAAAAAUAAAAGUACAAUUGUUACCAAUAAGGAAUACAAACUUCAAAAAACCCACAACCCAAACCAAAAUUUAAAUGCUCAGAAUUGGUAGCACAAAAGUAAAGCUCUCCUGACCCCUACCAUGGCAGUCUGAACGCCCCCAGGAAAUUGUGCCAAAGAGUUUAAAAAACAACAUACAGUAAGAGUAAACACACACAACAGGAAACUUUAGGUGAUGAUUUUGGAUUGCAAACAAGGAUAAAUUUAUGUUCAAACAAUCUGAUAAAAUGACCAUUUGGAAACUGCUUGGCCUUCUGUUUUAUUUGAUUGACUACAAUGUUGUGUUGAUCUCUUGCUGCAAAAAAAGAAGUGCGCAUGUGUGUGCGUGUAUAAACACACACACAAACUAGAAGUCUUGUGAUAAAAGGGCACUUGAAAAAGGUUUUAUUUUUCCACUGAAGUUGAAAAUUAAUAAAAUGGUGUCAAACAUUCCCCUGGUCACGCGCUUUCAUAUUUUUAAAAAGUGAUGCGCUGUGCUUAACAUAAAUCAGACUUUACUACCUCCCUUCUACAAGGGAGCAGGGCACCCUGAAUCUUAGGAUCUUUCAGCAAUAAGGAGGGAUGUUGAAGAGCUUUUGUCUUCUUGGUUUUAAUUAUUAGCAGUUCUUACAUUUUGAAUAUGCUGCUUUCCAAAAAAGGGGAGCUUUUUAAUUGCUUCCUGGUAUUUGCAUGGUUGAAAAACAAAGCCUUCACUCCCACUGUCAUUUCCAUUCUAGCAAAGAAAAAAUAUGGGCUUGCUUAUUCUAUCUUUCUGUCCCAGCCUUCCAUUUGUCAGUGGGAUUGGCUCGGUUUUGGCCCAUCUGUACGGCAGCAUCUCUAAUAGCUCUUGUACAGGGUAUCAGAUAUUGUGCCUUUUGGUGCCAGGUUCAAAGUCAAGUGCCGAUCUAUGAACCAGUGUACAAAAAAAAAAAAGCCCAGGUGUUUGAAGGAGAGACACUCCGUUGUGAAUAAAGAACUCAAACCAGCUCCUAAGCCCUAGGAAGAAGCGGUAUUUGAGGAAAAGGAUGCUAUGUUAACCAUUCCUGGUACCCGAGAGGGCGGGUCAGGGCUUAAGAAGGGGGCAGGACUAAGUUUGGGAGAAAAAAAUCUGAUCAUUCCUCAGUGCUACCCAGUUCUGUCUUGUGUGGGCUUCUUAGCUAGACAGCAGGAGAAUAAAGUACACCAAGAACCAUAAUGCAAACAAAACCAUGCGUGUGUUUUGUCCUGUUUUGUUCCAGGGAAGCCGUUGGCGAGCGCUGUUAGCAUUAACACUUUGUCCCAGAGCCACUCAGUGCUGGAGAGGAAGGAAGUGGGCUGGUUGGUCUUGGUGCCUUGCAUAUAACUCAGCACUGGUCAUGCAUUUACUCCUCUUUCCUAGUUAUCUUUGCUCUAGUGGGUUUCCCGUCGUCUGGGUGUUUGUCCUUAAUUGUACCACCGGAGAUGACUGGAUGCAGAAUGAAUGCAUUCGGUCCCCUCCGGUCUGGGCCCUCCCCACCCUAGGCUGGGCACAUUGCUUUCAGAAUGUUGUUACCGUCUGUUUGGGAAGAUGUCAGUGCAAAUGUGAAGAAAACGGACAUCGGACUAGACUUUUGAUUUGCCACAGUGGCAGCUGCCUAUACCAAUUACAUUAAUUUUGCUUAUCAUUUUUCCUAGUUUCCCCUCAGUUCCCUGCCCCUUGUGUUGACAUGUUGGGAUUUUAGCUGUCAGGCUACUGUAAUGCUGCCUUAGGGACUUGUGAAGGAGGGGGGGGUUGCUCACUACAGUGUUCCAACUUGCAGAACUGAGCAGUCUUUUCACUCUAACCAUUUAAGAAGUGUGUUAGUCUGACCUGAAGAGAAACCCAAACACCAUCAGCGUUUGAUAGCCUCUUGGUUUUCAAAAUGACUGCAGUCUGUAUUUGGCAUUCAGAAUGCCCCCAGCAUGCUGGUCUGUGAUGGUAGUGAAGACCUGUUACAACACUUGAGCCUCACUUUAUUAACCACAGCUGGUACCACCACCUCUAUCUUCUAAAUAAAGUCCGCUUUAUUUUUAUUUUCAA